UGCAAUCACUCCGUGAUUCAUCCCUCUAUCUUAUCCAUCUGAAGUGCGCAGCAGUCGGCGCUCGGCUCCCCAGCCCCGCCCGCCAGGGGGCGGUGGGGCCUGGGCACGCAUGCCGAGAUACCCGCUCGAGAUGGUUUCAAAGUCAGAUCUGGGUCAACCCAGUGACACAAUGGGGGGAGUGUGACGGCUGUCUUGUUUGUGGGCAGGCAGCCAGGAAGCCAGGCAGGUGACCCGAGGUGACCCGAAGUCUUGGGUUGGGGGCUGGCUGGGCUGGCUGGCUGGGCUGGCUGGCUAGUGACUUGGUGACUCGAGGGGGUGACUGGCAACCAGACAGGCAGUCUAGCCCUUAUAUCCUCGGCCAGCCAGCCAGGUUGGGUGGUUGUUUUAGCGCGGCGCGCGCGUGGCCCGGCUGCUCGCUGUCAACGUUCUCCUCGGCCAUCUCGCACGCCACCCUACCUUCCACAGCCUUGGUUCCCAAAGUCAAGAUCCCAUCCCCGCGUUGGGCCCCCGCCAGGAAAUGGGCAGCCAAGCAGCCACGGCUCCGCUAAGCGCUGCGCUGGCUUGCAUGGCUUGCGAGCUCGCUUGUCAAUACCCGGCACCUGUCUUGCGCGCAAUGCAUGCUAACAGCCUGACUUAGAACGAUACACCUUUACUACCACUACUACUACAGCAGAGCAGAGCAGCAGCAACCGACACGCAUACCUCAACGAGAGACACGCAAGCCAAGACACUCUUUAUAACCCGUGCAUCUCGCACUCGAGCUUCCCCCCCUUUCCCCUAAUCCAAAGCAAGCACCCAACCACCACCAUCAUGCCAGGUCCUGAACACAAGUUCACGCCAGACGACGUGGAGACCAUUCUCGCGUUGUGCGACACAGUUAUCCCCGCCGUCUCCGUCAGCGACCUUAUCGCGCGUGUGCCCGGCAUCGACAAGGAGGUGGACCCGGCAACGCUCGCAGCGUUCGCCGCCGAGGUGCCCUCCAAGAACGCAAAGUAUGUCAAGGAGAUCAACGACCUCUUCCCGAGUGUCGUCUCGCCUGAGAAGCUCGUCGAGCUCAAGCAGGUCGUCUGGCUGCUAAGGAAUAAGGUCGGCAUGCUCGUCCUCUCGGGCGGCCUCACGCCGUUCCACGAGCUGUCGCCCGCCGAGCGCGAGAAGGUGCUUCUCGGCUGGAAGACGUCGCGCAUCCCCGCCUUCCGCAAGAUCUACGACACGUUCACCAAGGUCGCAGCGGGGUUCUACAUGCGCAACUCGACGAUCGGGCACGCGGCGAUGCACUACCGGCCCAAGGAGACGCCGGCGCCGGCCGAGGGGCACUUCCAGUUCCAGUUCCUCAAGCCGGCCGAGCUCGACGGCAUCGCUUGGGAUGCCGUCGUCGUCGGCUCGGGCAGCGGCGGCGGCGUCGUGGCCAAGCAGAUGGCCGAGGCGGGCAUGAAGGUGCUCGUCGUCGAGCGCGGCCAGCACUUUGACCACGGCGAGAUCUACUCGGAGGCGACGGCGCUCGAGUUCGCAUACGACGGCGCCGGCUUCGGGAGCAACGACGGCGGUGAUGUUGCCGUCAUCCAGGGCAAGGUGUUUGGCGGCGGUAGCGCUGUCAACUGGGCCGCUAGUCUUCAGACCCCGGCCAAGGUUCGCGAAGACUGGGUCAAGAGCUCUGGUAUCAAGUACUUCCAGUCGCCAGAGUUCCAGGAUGAUCUCGACGCCGUGUUCAAGCAGAUGGGCGUGUCGGCGCCAACGCACAACACGCAGAACCAGAUGCUGCUCGAGGGUGCGCGCCGAAUGGGCUUUGCGCGCGCCGACGUGCCGCAGAACACGGGCGGCGGGCCCCACGCAUGCGGCCACGACUGCGCCAACCUGUGUCGCUCGGGAGGCAAGAAGGGCGGCGUGCACUCGUGGCUCGUGGAUGCUGCCAACGCCGGCGCCAAGUUCAUCACCGGCGCUGAUGCGCGUCGCAUCGACUUUGACACCAAGAAGGGCCGCUCAGCGCGCGGUGUCGUGCUCCGCUUCAACGACGGCACGGAGAAGUACGUCAAGACGCCUCGCGUGCUCGUCUGUGCCGGCAGCGUCGUCUCUCCUGCGCUCCUUCUCCGCUCCAAGAUCCCCAACUCGCGCAUCGGACAGAGCCUCUACCUCCACCCCACCAACUAUGUCCACGCCGUCUUCGACCACGCUACUCGCCCUGUUGAUGGGCAGAUCCUGACGUCGGUCGUGGGCGAGUACGCCGACCUCGACGGACAGGGGCAUGGCGUGCGCAUCGAGACGGGCUGCAUGCAGCCCGUGCUCGCCAUGUGUCUGCUGCAGUGGGCCAACGGCGCCGAGGCCAAGGCGCGCAUUCUCAAGCACCCCAAGAUGGUGGGCUGUAUCGCCAUUGCGCGUGACGCCAAGCCCGGCAAGGUGACGAUCGACAAGGCGGGCGAGCCGAUUGUCGACUACACGGUCGCGAAUGUCGACAACAAGAGCAUCAUCACGGGCACGAUCGCUGCGGCCGAGUGCAUGAAGGCCAUUGGCGCCAAGGAGGUCAUUGUCGCUGGCCGUGGCGUCCCCGAGUGGCGCGAAGGCGACGACUGGGACGCGUGGGUGAGCAAGGUCGCCGCGUCGACGCCUGGAGGGUACGGCAGCGCGCACCAGAUGGCGUCGAACCGCAUGGGCUCGAGCACGAGCAACGGCGCCUGCGACCCCACUGGCGCGGUGUACGGCGUCCGCGGUGUCUGGUGUGCCGACGCCUCGGUCCUGCCUAGCGCGUCGGGCGUCAACCCGAUGGUGACGACCAUGGCCGUCGCGGCCAAGAUCAGUCGCGGCAUCGUCCAGGCCUGGAGGGAGGGCCGUGUCGAGACCAAGCCGAGCAAGGCCAAGCUGUAAUAGCAAACAGGAAGGAUGGUCGCCGACCUGAAUGCCUGUGGUGGUGGUGCGUGCCCGCUGGUGCCAGCGGGCAUGAGCCGAUACCCUUCGUGAGCCGAGCUGAGCCGAGCGCACAGUCUCCGCUCUUCCUGGUCCGUGUAUUGUUACCCAAUAACCUUUACCCCGUCGUCGUCUGUAGUUUUGACUUCCAUGCGCAUAAUGGCGUGCAUGGGGUUGAAGGAUGAAGUGUUAUUGAAUGUCCA